AUGUCGUCUGGCGAUAGCAGCAGCAGCAGCUUUUCUGUGUCUCCGCUUCUGCCGCAGCCGGGGGGCCAGGGUCACCGCCUCCAGGCUCUUGCAGCAGCGCAGGUCCAGCCACCGGAUGCCGCGGCGCAGCUGCUCGUAUAUGCUCAGCUCCUGCAGCAGCAGCAGCAGCAGCAGCAGCAGCAGCAGCAGCGAGGGAGCAGCCGGAGUAACAGCAGGAGCAGCAGCAACAGGGAGAGGAACAGGGACAGCAGCAGCAACGAGAGAAGCAGAAACUGCAGCAGCAAUGCCACAACAACACCAUCAAGAGCAGCAGCAAAAGCACCACCAGGAGCAGCAACUGCAGCAGCAGCAGCAGCAGCAGCAGCAGCAAGGUUACCUGGCAGCUAA